GUACGCGCCAUGGGAGAGAGUGGGAAAGCCACUGAUCUAGGAUGAAAGACGUACAAAAUCAAUUCAAGCGUGAAGAAGAAGACAACAGGGACGGGGCAUCCCAAAUGUGCACGCCAAGCCGUACUCAACUAUAUCCAUUCUCGGCUGCUGUUAACAGCGAGUGCACACUCUAUCGUUGGACAAGAAAGAAAACCCAGCAAAAAAUUUUGAUCGUUGUCUCAGGUCAAAAUCCAUGGCGUUUCCCUUGUUGUUCCUCCUCUUCUGCACAUUCUGUUCAUCGCCCUCAGCCAUCUACUCCACCUUCAUCCCAUAUAACACUUCUGCUUCCGUCGUAUCCGGCAAAAUCAACGUCCAUUUCGUCCCUCACUCCCACGAUGAUGUUGGUUGGUUGAAGACUGUUGACCAAUACUACUUCGGCGGCAAUAAUUCUAUCCGGGGUGCUUGCGUUCAGAAUGUAUUGGACUCUGUUAUGUCCUCUUUGUUCGAGGACAAGAAUCGCAAGUUCAUCUAUGUGGAGAUGGCGUUCUUUCAGAGAUGGUGGCGGCAGCAAAGCAGUGGAAUGAAGGAAAAGGUCAAAGGGCUUGUCAACUCUGGUCAACUUGAAUUCAUAAAUGGAGGUAUGUGUAUGCAUGAUGAGGCUACUCCACACUACAUUGACCUUAUCGAUCAGACGACUCUUGGUCAUAAGUUUAUCAAGGAUGAAUUUGGUCAGAUUCCCAGAGUUGGUUGGCAGAUUGACCCAUUUGGACAUUCUGCUGUACAAGCUUAUUUGCUUGGUGCUGAGUUUGGAUUCGACUCUCUAUUCUUUGCUAGAAUUGAUUACCAAGACAGAGCCAAGCGAUUACAGGAUAAGACUCUUGAGGUUAUAUGGCGGGGUUCUCAGUCCCUUGGCUCAACUUCACAGAUAUUCACUGGUAUAUUUCCUCGACACUAUGAUCCGCCUGAUGGAUUCACAUUUGAAAUUAACGACGUAUCGCCUCCUAUUCAGGAUGAUGUGCUACUAUUCGACUAUAAUGUCCAAGAGCGAGUAAGUGACUUUGUGGCUGCUGCACUGGCUCAGGCCAAUGUAACACGAACGAAUCAUAUAAUGUGGUUAAUGGGAACUGAUUUUCGUUAUCAGUAUGCAAAUUCGUGGUAUCGACAGAUGGACAAGUUCAUCCAUUAUGUGAACCAGGAUGGCCGUGUAAAUGUUCUGUACUCAACUCCAUCGAUGUAUACUGAUGCCAAACAUGCGGCAAAUGAAGAAUGGCCUUUAAAAACUGGAGAUUUUUUUCCGUAUGCAGAUCACCAAAAUGCCUACUGGACAGGUUAUUUCACGAGUAGGCCAGCAUUUAAAGGCUUUGUCAGAACAAUGAGUGGUUAUUACCUUGCUGCAAGGCAGCUGGAGUUCUUUAGAGGCUGGAGUGGUGUGGCAUCCAAACUUGGGGUGCUUGCAGAUGCCUUGGCAAUUGCACAACAUCAUGAUGCUGUUAGUGGAACACAGAGGCAGCAUGUUGCUGCUGAUUAUGCUUUGCGAAUUUCAAUUGGUUACAAGGAGGCUGAGAAGUUAGUUGCCUCUUCUCUUGGUUUCCUGACAGAGUCAAGAUCAAGUACAAGACAAGGGAGCAUUUCCACGGAACUUGAGCAGUGUCUUUUACUUAACAUAAGCUAUUGUCCUCCUACAGAAUCCAUAUCGUCUGAUGAGCAGAGCUUGGUUAUUGUGGCUUAUAAUCCUCUAGGAUGGAAAAGGGAGGAAGUGAUUCGGAUUCCGGUUUCUUCUGAGAAUGUAGAAGUUCACGAUUCUAAUGGGAUACAAAUUGAAUCUCAGCUAGUCCCACUCUUGAAUGCAACUUCGAGAGUAAGGACUAUAUAUGCCAAAGCAUAUACGGGCCAUUUCCCAAGUGAAAUGCCAAAAUAUUGGCUUGCAUUUUCUGCAUCUCUGCCACCCCUUGGUUUCAACACUUACUUUGUCUCAGUAGCUAAUCAGACAGGCUCUAGUUCAAUCAUCUCACUGGUGCACACUGCAGAGAACAUGAAAGCUAGAACUGUUGAAGUUGGCCCAGGAAAUUUGAAGUUACGUUUCUCUGUAGACAAUGGGGAGCUUACUCAUUUUAUCAAUAGCAGAAGUCUGGUUGCUACCUCUGUUGAACAAUCAUACGGCUAUUACACUGGAAAUGAUGGUACUAAUAAAGAUCCACAGGCUUCUGGGGCAUAUGUUUUCCGGCCAAAUGGGACAUUCACAGUAAAGAAUUUGGGUCAGUUUCCUUCAACUUUUUUUAGGGGCCCGUUGCUGGAUGAAGUACAUCAGCAGCUGAAUCCUUGGAUAUCUCAGGUCACUAGGGUUUACAAAGGGAAGGAGCACGCUGAAAUUGAAUUUGUUAUUGGGCCUAUACCUUUGGAUGAUGGGACUGGGAAAGAAAUAACAACUCAAAUCAAAACCACCAUGAAAACCAACAAGACAUUUUACACAGACUCAAACGGACGCGACUUCAUUAAAAGGGUCCGAGAUCAGAGGACAGACUGGGACCUCGAAGUGAAUCAACCUGUUGCCGGAAAUUAUUAUCCUGUUAACCUUGGAAUAUAUGUACAAAAUGAUACUACAGAGCUGUCAGUAUUGGUGGAUCGGUCAGUUGGAGGCUCUAGUCUUAUGGAUGGUCAAAUAGAACUAAUGCUACAUAGGAGAAUGCUUCAUGAUGAUAUGAGAGGCGUUGGGGAGGUGUUAAAUGAGACUGUUUGUCUCCUCGAUGAAUGUGAAGGUUUAACUAUCGUAGGUAAGAUGUUCCUCAGAGUUGAUCAGUUGGGUGAAGGUGCCAAGUGGCGCCGCACUGUUGGCCAAGAAAUAUAUUCUCCAGUUCUAGUAGCAUUCACAAAGCAGGAUGCAAGCAAAUGGAUGGAGUCCCAUGUAAAUUCAUUUUCAGGAGUUGAUCCAUCCUAUUCUUUGCCCAAUAAUGUUGCUGUGAUAACCCUACAGGAACUCAAAGUUGGGGAAGUUCUCCUCCGUUUGGCUCACUUAUAUGAGAUUGGAGAAGACAAGGACUACUCUGGAAUGGCGAGGGUGGAACUGAAAAUGCUUUUCCCAAAUAAAAAGAUUGGUAAGGUGACGGAGCUGAGUCUGUCGGCCAAUCAAAAGAGGAGCGAGUUGGAGAAGAGAAGGCUAGUCUGGAAAGUAGCUGCAAAGGAAGAAGAAUCCAAAGUGAUGAGGGGAGGAGCAGUUGAUCCUGUCAACCUUGUGGUGGAACUUGCCCCCAUGGAAAUCCGCACUUUCUUCCUAAAUUUCGACUCUCCUCAAAUCUAUGUUUCUUGAAAAUUGCAAGGAAAGAGAGGUUAGCAUGCUCGUGAUAGAAACUGAAUAUGGUGAAUUAUUCAAAAUUUAUCGCCUCUCUGUGUGUCUGGUGCAGCGGUCCUUUCCUUUGAUAGCAAGACAGAAGUUGGCUCUAGCCUUUUCUUGUUGGCUUUGGCGAUGUGGUGGCGUUGUAAUUAUGUAUUGUGGUGUUUUCUUACCUUGAUGACUUCUAACGUACAUUGUGUGAGAAAAGGCCGAGUCCUGACGAGUUUGGUCAUUUUAGUAGUGGCUUCUCUAAUGAGUUGUGCAUCAUGAACAGGUUUGCCAACUCACACCAAACAGGGUUAAGGUUAUGGGUCAUAAUUCAUAAACUCACAGGUCAUACAAGUAGAAGUGCGGUUCAAUUUCUAUGCUAAUGCGAGGUAAUGUCGUUCGAAAUUUGCUACUUGCAUCAAGUAUAUGUUGGGCAAUAGAGUAUUUGACAUAAU